AUGUCCACGGGGUUCUCCUUCGGGACCGGCACGCUGGGCUCCACCACCGUAGCCCCCGGCGGGACCGGCGCAGGCGGCGGUUUCUCCUUCGGGACGGGGCAUCUAGGUGGUUUUGGAACCGGGCUCUUUGGAACGAAACCUACCACUGGGUUCACUCUGGGAGGAACAAAUACAGGGAUUGUCAUUGGUGUCAGACCUAAAAAAUGGAAUAGCAGCAACUAUAACUACAGGAUUAACUCUGGGGAUAGUAAAGCACUGAAGGAUGAAAAUCUCCCUCCUGUCAUCUGCCAGGAUGUUGAAAACCUCCAAUGUCCUGGAGCUUUUCAUCGGAGACUUGCCCUAGAAAGGAGGAAAACUGAUAAAGCUCAGACAGAGAUUGAGAAUGAAAAUGGAACCACUGUAAUAGAUCUUCCAGGUACUUUAUCCCUCGAAACGGACUGUUCAGGGACAGGCAUAUCACCUGCUGAGUGCAGUUUGAUAUCAGCGUCUCUGCCCCCAUGGCCUGAGGAGCCUGGCCUGGACAACCCCGCCUUGGAGGAGAACACGGCCACUGACACUAUGCAACAGCCGGUUAGUUUUCCAGAAGGCAAAAUUACUACAAUUGAAAUUCACCGGUCUGAUCCUUAUAUUCAGCUAGGAAUUAGGAUUGUUGGGGGAGGCUUAGCGCCACUGAACAACAGAUACAUUGUUAUCCAGGAAGUCUGUCGGGAUGGGGUGAUCGCCAAAGAUGGAAGACUUCUUGCUGGAGACCCAAUUCUUCAGGAUCUUACCCAGUGUGUUACAUGCCAAGAAAAACACAUUACUGUAAAGAAGGAACCACCUGAGUCCCUGGGAAUGACAGUGGCAGGGGGCAGAGGAAGCAAGAGUGGUGAACUGCCCAUCCUUGUAACCAGUGUGCCAGCUCAUGGCUGUCUGGCACGUGAUGGACGCAUCAAGAGAGGUAAGAUAGGGAGGGCUGGGAACAGUGAAACUCCUCCCAUCUUCUCCCUGCAUGCCACUCAUGUUUGAAAAAAGUAACAAAUA